CCCAGAGGGUUACAACGAAGAUCUACAGGAUAUGAAGAAGAAAAUCGACUACCUUCUACCACCAGCAGAUCUGUGGCCCAACUUUGCUCUGGAGUCUCAAGGUGCAAGACUUGUACACACAAUGACCUCGGAAACAUAUCAGCGCACCAGACCAUGCAGAUUUUUUGGCAUAACUUCCCAACAACAGCAACAAUCCAUAGGCCCAAACAUUGUCAUUCAGGGAAGAACUCGUCUGAACCCUGGAGAAUGCUGGGCCUUUACAGGAUUCCCAGGACGUUUAUCCAUCCAACUGUCCCACAGAGCCACUGUGACUCAUGUGUCGCUGGGACAUAUUCCUAAAGCGAUAUCCCCAUCUUCCACAGUCUCCAGCGCUCCAAGGGAAUUCUCUGUCUAUGGGAAGAAGGAUAUAAACGAUGAGGAGAGUUUCUUGGGAACUUUCCAAUAUGAAGAAGAUGGUGACCGGAUACAGACCUUCAAACUCCCUGAUGAUAAAACCGACUCCUUCACCUAUGUGAGCCUAGAGGUGAACAGCAACUGGGGCCAACUGGACUACACAUGCCUCUACAAUUUUAGAGUGCAUGGAGUUAUUGCGUCAUGA